CUCCGGAGUUUACGGAGUAGAAAAUGAACAUAUAAUUUUAAUUAGAUCUUUUAUCAUUCCGCUGACUGGGCAUGCUUCUGAGAAUAAGAAAUCAAAUUUACCGUAGCCCCGGGCUCGACUCUUGUCGGGAUGCAUUACAGGUACGGUGUUGCAUGCCUGUCGUUCAAGGAUAAAUCUUUUCAGCUGGCAACAGCAGUCUAAUAUGUGUAUUCGAAAGUCAUAGUCAACAUAGGUAAAAUAAGUAAAUCAACAUAUGUAAUCCAAUAAAACCUGAAGUAAUGUCACAGAUACGGAAGAACGAACAAGAUAAAGAUUAGAAUUUCUAAUUCUAUUCGGCAACGGAAACACGUGACUUUAUGUUAAUGUCUUUAAUUGUUAUGACGUCAUGUAACAAUGACGUCAUCUCCAUGCUAGAGCGACAUCCCUUCGCAACCACGUAUUGAAUGUUAUACUUUCGCGCUCCACUACUUUCUUAGUAUUCUCGUUUAUAUAAGCUUUUGUUUUUGCCUAAACUGUGCAGAUAUAAACGAAGUUCAAGAUGAUUUCAGAUGAACCAUACCUUUUCACCGGACGGGAGGGCACCAAGCGAAAGCAUAACGACUUCAACAAUUCCACUGAUGAUGAUGAUGAUGAUGAUGAUGAUGAACUCACUUUGGCGCCAAAACGUCAGAAACUGAACAACUUUUCUCUGGACAUAUCAAACCAAGAAAUACAGGCCUUCUCGGCCAAUACUGCUCCUGGCACAGACCAGAAUGAGUCCACAUCUUACACAUCGUUGUAUGGUCCCCUUGACAAUGAACGGUACCUUUCAAGACAGUCACAAGUCGACGCCAUUGCGGACGAUGAUGCAUACUGGCACCUGGCUGAUCACUAUUACGAGACUCCAAGUGAUGAAGAUGAUGUCAAUGUUAACGACGACGACGACGACGACGACGACAACGUCGAUGAGAGUGAUGUUGAUGAGAGUGACGAGGAUUGUGAUGUAUCACAUUCCGACUAUGACGGAGAUGAUGAAAUUAGUGAUUCAGAUACAGAAGACAACAAUGAGAGGAAUGACGAUGAUGACGAUGAUGACGAUGAAUAUGAGGUCGAUAAUGAGGACGAUGGGAUGACGGAGGAAGAAAUUGGUCUUCUUCUGUAUGUAAUUUUCAGUGACAACUACACGCUCUCCCCUUAUGCUGCGGAAGAAUAAUAUCCAUAUGAACUGAUUUCACGGAUAUCAAUCCAAUAAUUCAUAUCAAGAUUUUUUUUCAUUUCUCUUAUUACAUUUCUGUUUUCAACAUAAUUUUGUGAGACUGGAUAUGCUCGAGAGUAUGCGACCUUUUAUGUGUGAGUGCGGGCGCUUGUUUGUGAGAGUGACGGGAAGUAUGUUGAGGACAAUUUUAGAGAUUACAAUAAUAAAACAUAAUACAAAAAUCAUUAUCUUCUCUCGUUUCAUUCUUCAUACAAAAAUAGAAAAUCGAUAUACAAGCGAAACCAUUAUUCUACCAUAAGUUUGAUAAAACAAGCAAAUUCAUGGAUUUUAUAUCCCCCGCUUUCCUGACAUAUUUUAGGUUAACAUUUUACUCCUAUAACAUAAGAGGCUGCUGGUCGGCUCUUUUUAUCGGAUAUGAUGUUGCCGAC